UUGGGUUCCUCAGUACCUAAUGAAAUCAAAUCUAGCCUUUCCUCACUGGCUUUUGCUUCUCUUACAAGUAUUUUUGUUGUUUGUUGUUCUUGUUUUUUUUGGAGACAAAUUAAAAGCAGUGAUGUUGCUGCUGGUAUAAUUGCUGUGUUUCUGCUCUCCCCACAGCCAAACCGCGAUCUGGAUGUGUUCAUAAACGCCUCCAAGAACUUCAACCUGAACAUUACCUGGGCGACCAGCUUCACAGCAGGCACCCAGACCGGAGAGGAGAUUCCCAUCAUCUCACGGUGUAACAUCAAGGAAUUCAAAGACAGUUUUUCCAACGAGAACUUUGAUUUCCGCAACAGUCCGAACAUAACAUUCUUCGUCUACGUCAGCAACUUCACGUGGCCCAUUAAGAUCCAAAUUGCUUUUUCCCAGCACAGCAAUUUUAUGGACCUGGUGCAGUUCUUUGUCACGUUCUUCAGCUGCUUCCUGUCGCUCCUGCUGGUGGCCGCCGUGGUGUGGAAAAUCAAACAGAGCUGCUGGGCGUCACGACGACGAGAACAACUGCUGAGGGAGAUGCAGCAGAUGGCCAGUCGGCCUUUUGCCACCAUCAACGUGGCUUUGGAGGCAGACGAAGAGCCACCUGACCUGAUAGGAGGAAACGUCAAGUCCGUUCCAAAACCCAUCGCCCUUGAGCCUUGCUUUGGCAACAAAGCCGCCGUGCUCUCCAUAUUUGUACGGUUACCCAGAGGCUCUGGCGGCAUCCCUCCUCCAGGACAGUCUGGUCUGGCGGUGGCCAGCGCGCUGGUCGACGUCUCCCAGCAGAUGUGCGUGGGCUACAAGGAGAAGUCUGGGGGUCUGAGGAGCCGCAAGCAGCAGCCUUCUGCACAGCCGUCCACCUGCAUCUGAGCCUACCACCACCCUACACCCAACGCUCUUCAUCCCCCCGCCCCGCUCCCUCCUCCUCGCUGCUCAGCCUCCCUCCUUCAGAGACUUCUGCCAGCUCCGCUCUGGCAGGGAGAGGUGCAUGCUGGGACGUAGUACUGGAACAUUUUGAUGAGAUCAGCAGGUUUUCCCCCCGACCCUCCUACACUCUCUCUCUCUCCUCGUACCAGAACUGACCGGUUCAAAGAUGGAGGGAUGUGGGGGGUUUCAGGUGGGGGUGAGAGAGGACCAGAGGAGACGCUGACUCCGCCCCUUCCUCCACGUUUUACAUUUGUUGACAUGGACUGGAUGGAGUGGAGGCGGCUCGCUGCUACAGCACAUCCUCAGUCUCGUAGUUUCUAAAAAAAAAAAAAAAAAAAAACCUCCAGAGACUCUGCAACCCUAAAUGUUGAUGUUUUAAUUUAAAUUAUUAAUUUUUUUGUUAUUGUUGUUGUUCUACUUUUUUUUAAAUUUUAUUUUAUUUUAUUUCACUUUGAAUCGAAGGAACAAACUGGAAAACUACACACUCCAAAAAAAAAAGAAAAAACCCCGCAGCUUCCCCAGCUGCGUCGUUACCCAUCUGUAAGCACCGAGUCGAGGCCGCUGACCGGUCGCCCCGGGCAACAUAACCGCACAUCCAGCAGCCUUCCGGUGGCGACGAACCGCAUUUGGAUGAUUCCCUGCGUGGCCAAAGCCCGACGUUUCCAUCCAGAGCCGCCUUCCUGGAACCAGACUGGACAGAGGACAGGAGACGCUCUGUCCGUCUCGGGUCAGCUCAGCAGAGGCCACCGCCCUGCCAGUCUGCUUCCAACGUUUCACACACGGCGAAACGAAUCAUAUGUUCAUCCAUCGGUAGUUUGUGGACAUGAGAAAAUGGCGUCUGAUAAAAACGUUCUGGCUCCUAAAAGCUAACUCCAGCGGUGAUGAACAUAAUCGGACCAAUAGUUCUGUCUCUCGGUUGUUCAAAUUAUUGAUCCUAAAUCCUAAAUGCAUUGCUUUGAAUUAGGAUUAGUCAGCUGCUCAGUCAGCUGCUCAGUUGUGUACGGCUUCCUGUUGACGGACCAGGAUUUAUACGGUACCAGACCGAUUGGAGCUGAGUGGUCAUCAUGUCUUAUUCCGUUUCUUUGUUGUUUUUCUAUAUGUGCUGAGUGAUUCAUUUUACCCCAACAUUUUAUUUCAGAUUCUUUUUUCAGAAAGUCGUAAUGAAAACAACCGUUAAAGUCUAGCUGGAGGCCGUGGCACCAAACUCCACUGAUUCAACCAGCCGAGGUUAAAAACACUAAAUUUGUCGAUGAAAAACAUAAAGAUGCUGCUAUGACAAAAAAAGUGAACAAUAAAUAAACCAAUAAACAUACUUUAAAAAAAUGUAAAUUCCUCAGUAAGAGACAACACAUCAUUUAGCACAGCUGUAAGGCUGUAAAACUACCAUCUCUACCCCCUGACUAAAUUAAAAGAGGAAAAUAGCACUAAUAAAUGUUUAUGCCUACUUUUUAUUUUUUCAAAGAAUCAAAAAUGAGGGAAUCAAAGGAAUCAGUAAAACUUCUGCCGGUUGUAGCACACACCAGUGUAGUUAUUGUUGUGAGUCCAUCUGGACGUCGGAUCGUCUGCUGUUUUCACCAGAGUUGCAUCGGUCAGACGCUUCAGGCCGACUUCCAGUCUACGGUUGUUUUUCUCAAAUCUUUGAUCUGAAAGAUUAAGAUUUUCAGCCUUCCUGAAAUCUGCUGAAUUUGUCUCCCAUGUCAGGUUCACUCAUACAGCAGCUCUAAAAACACCAGCUAUUGUUUUGAAUUUCUGUUUGCAUCAACAAUAGCCUGUAUGAAAAGCACAAAUCUACUAAAUUAUUAAUUUAAUUAUUAAUUUCUGUUGCAGGAGCCUGAGUGAAUUUUAUAUCUGCUUUAUUUGAAAACACCUUGCUUUUACGUAAAAUGGACGACUGAGUAUUUUUCCCCACAGUCGCCAUGUUUCCACCCAAUUUGCAUGCGAAUAACUAGCGAACAUUUGAAAUGUCGCAAAAAAGAAAAGGAAAAUACAGAUUAGCCGUGUUCCAGCUACUGGUUUGGAGGGAAUCAACCAGACUAUGCUAGCCAUAAUUUAAUCUGAUGAUGAUGCUAUCCACAACUGUCAUAAGCAGGAAGUAGCGGCUGCUAGCUAGCACAGACCACACAUCUCAGAAAAAGGUGCAGUCCUUCCCUCCUAGGUGAAGGUUCAGAUUUUAAAAUUCUUACAAGUUUUGUGCUUCUGGUAAGGCCCAGCAGUGGAUGGGAAAGUUUAAUAUGUUAGAACUUAUUCGGCAAAUCUGUUUCCAUCUCCUCCUUUAGUGCAUUAGCUCUUUUUCGGAAAACUCAUUUUUUGUGGGCUUUCCGAUAAAUGCUAGCUUGAACGUUCCUCAGUUUUUUGCGAAACCCAGAGAGGUUUUCCAAAUUUUGCCGUUUCCAUCCACCGUUUCUAAUGCCGAUUAAAAAACGGUAACAGUUAACAAAAACACAGAAGAGAUUUUUAGUUGUCGCUGCCAAGGAGCAUUUCACGGAACCGGAAGGGACCUGAUUUUUUUAACUUUUGACUGACCAGUCACCUGUCCAGCUGCAUCCUGGUCCAGAGAUGAUAUAUUUUUUGUAUCGCAUCUCCACUUUUUUUUUAUUUAUCUUUAUUUUUUUUUACCUUCAGCUCCAUUGUCAUUCUCGGUUUCCUCCUUGAUGGUCAUCUUUUCUGCAGCCACAACACCUGCAGGGUUCUGACAGAAGACAGAGACAUAAUUCAGUAGAAGAAAUCCCCGCUAUCCCCCCCCCACCCUACGCCUCACAAGGUUAUUAACUUCUCGCCCUCUGAAAAGUGCCGUUAUGAAACAGUUUAAUAACCUGCGUUGUGCCCUAAAGAGCUUGUUGUGUUUGGUUGCUAGCUCUCCCAUGUGCUCGGUGCCGUAGAACUGUGGAGCGUCGAUGUGGUCGGUUAAAGGGCGCACUUUUAACGGCGGGAAAAGGUCAGAGCAGAAACCAUGAACAAAGUUGACAUUCUGUAAUUAUAAAGUGCCCCACAACUCCACUCAGCAACUCCAGCAGUCACUGUAGCAUUAAGAAGUCAACACUACAUCUGCUGCUUUUGCUUUUUCUCUCUAUUUUUUUCCCUCUCCACUCAUCAUUUCCAUCUAAGUAAUUUUUUUUAGCGUUUAUUGCAACAUUAGGAAUUACUGUUCAUGUCUGCUGCUUCUGCUGAACCGUGGCGUUUUCAAAAGUUUCUCAACAUCACACACACAUGCACAAAAACGAAGCAGAGGUUAUAAAAUGCAUGUUACUGUUGGAUCUUUUUUUUGCACCGUCUUUAAGAAAACAGAGGCCUCCCUUCACCGCUUUGCUGCGCUGGAUGUUUAAUAUCAGAGUUUGCAAAGUCAUUCAAAAAUGUCACCGCUUUCUCGCUUUUCACAAACUGAUUUGUAAAUCAAAGAUUCUUAAUUUAUUACAAAUCGGAAAAAUGGAAAAAAAAAAAAAAAAACAUUCAGUAGUGUGUAAUAGAUGGCGACCAGAAUAAAGAUAACCUGCGCAGCCCGGUUACCAUGACAAUGGGUGAUGUCCUGCUGACACUAAGAUGGCCGACCCCUGUAUUGCUCUGUCUGGCUUUUGCAGCUUUAGCAGGACUUUGAGUCCAACAGCAGCAGCAAAUCAUGUUUAUUUACUAUUGAGUUUCAGCACCUUGGUAACCGCCAAACCACACUUAUGUUUGUGUUGGGUUUUUUUUCACAAACAUCACCUACUACAUUUAUUAUGAAGUAAAACAACUAAAACGUGUCUCUUUUUAACUCCUAAAUGAUUGUACAACUAAAUGAAAUGUUCUUAGUCUCAGGUUUUAGGAUAGCUGAGCAGAGCCGGUCUGAAGUGAUCCACUGAUUGGUUUUGGAGUCGUGUUUCUCGGCAUUGAUGAAACCUAGAAGCAUCAAAUAUGACCUCAGAUUUACCGUCAGCUGCUGUGUUGCCUCAGUGUUCAGAUGCAUUGUAAGAAAAUAGGGGAAUGUAAGUGAAAUAUUCUCUUGGACAUUUCACCUCCAACUCUUUUUUUUUUUUUUUUUUUUUUUGAGUUGGGGGAAAAUGUAGGGGGAAACAACCUGCUGGAGUUAGACCUGUAGAGCAGUGCUGGUCAAUUUCAUCUUAAAUUGGGAUCACUGAAGCAUUUUUACUGGCUAAUGUUUAUCACAGCAAAACAAGUCCAGUCACAGAUUCAGUAGACCUGUUUUUGUUGUUUUUUGCCAAGUCAUGAAAAGUUUUUUUUUUUUUUUUCAUAACAUCAUAGAGCAGGUUUAGCUCAACUCUUCCAUCUUAUUCAAGUCUGUUGGAUUGUCAGAUUUCUUCCAUGUUUUCAAAAAAUACUCAUAUUUUGGUUCAAUGCCAACAGGUACAAUGUUAAAUUAUUAUUAACAAACAAAAACUGAAACAAACAGAAUUAUCAAUUUCCAGUUUCUUGUUUUUUUCCGAUACUUUUCCCCCCAAUUUUUAGGGGGUAAAAGCUGCCGAUUUCUUGGCAAUUUUAAUUUGUCUUUAAGAACUCAUUAGCAGGAAGGCUACGUCGAACUGACAUCUUAAAUGUUUUCAGCAUCUUAAAUGUUUUUUGCUUUAGGCUAGCGGUUAGCAUACCAAGCAUUGCUAAAGAAACGGAUGUUUGCCUUAGCAGUCAAAUUUCUAAAAGGAUUCCAGGACGUCGAGGUCUAGCUUGUUCCAUAGCAGAGUGAAAAUGAGUUGAAAGCUCAAAAAGAUUUAAAUUUUUUAAAAAGUGUAACUUUGUUUUUCUCCGCUCCACCUUCCUGUUAUCUGCUGAAAUUCUGGCUCUCUCACCCUAAACGAGCCACAGACGUUUCUGGACAAGUCUUACAUCACUGUGCUUCCCCUGACCUUACGGUAACUUUGAAUUGUCUUCACUUUGACCGCAUCCACAGUUGUGUCAGACCAAUUUUUUAAUCUUUAUCACUGAUCAGGAAAAAAAAAAAA